UUAGUCUCAGUCCGAACUCCAAAGUCAAACUCCAAACCUUAAAAUCUACAGAAAGAUCUACCUCUGGAGAAUCAAAAUAUAAUCUUCUGAUCCGGUAAGUCUUUGCUGAUAAAUCACUAUCCAUGGCUACUGGAAAUCUGGGUUGUGUUUUGGUAACAGUAGAUGGAAGUGAAGAAAGUAUGAAUGCAUUAAAAUGGGCAAUUACUAAUCUCAAAUUACGUCCUUCUUCUACUUCUUCUGAAUCACAAGUACAAGAAGAAGGUUUUUUCUUGAUCCUUCACGUUCAGUCUCCGCCUAAUAUCAUCACUGGUCUUAAUCCUGGUUCAAUCCCUUUCGGUGGACCUGGUAAUUAUGAAGUUCCUGCUUUUGCUCAAGCUGUUGAAGCACAUCAGAGAAGAAUUAGUGAUGCAAUUAUAUCUCACGCUAUAGAAAUUUGUACUGAGAAGGGGGUUAAGCAUAAAACACAAGUAGUUGUGGGUGAUCCAAAGCAGGUGAUUUGUGAUGUUGCUGAAAAUCAACAUGUGGAUUUGCUUGUGAUGGGUUGUCGCCCUUUUGGCCCUAUUAAAAGGAUGUUUUUGGGAAGUGUAAGCAAUUACUGCACAAACAAUGCACAAUGCCCUGUCAUUGUUGUCAAGAACUUUCCAUGAUGUUCUAGCAUUGUUUCUCGGGAAGUCUGAGCAACUGAGCAUCAGCAGUUUCCAAUCCCUGGCAAUAUUGGUUAUUUAGCGGUCAGUAUAACCAUAAGUUCCACGCCACAUUCCUUGGUAUGGCCUAUUAUGAACUGCUCAAAGCACUUCUCCUGUUGUGGUUAGUUGUAUAUGCCUUGAAUGUUGUUUGUUGUAUCAUUUAAAAGUGUUCCCAGAUAAAUGUAUAAUCAUAUGAAUAAGAUAAAUGUAUAAUCCCUGGCACUUCUCCUGCUUGCUUUGGUGUGCAAUGUAAUCUAUCUCCUUCGAUACAUAAAAUACUUUAUUGAGACUUUGUUCUUGGAGGUCA